AACUGAAAACGAUCUUCCAUGAUGUGAGUACCUUCGAUUCGUUUGAUAUUCUAUCGUGUCGUGUGUUAGCAUAAUUUGAUGUUGUGUUAUACAAUGCUGUACGGUAGUGUAGUGUGAUAUUUUAUAAUAAUAUCAAUCCUGGGGGUAUUUUAACUCGUAACAAAUUAAAUGUCAAGUCCAGAGCGCUGCUGAAUUCAUCAAAAUUGGAUACGAAUUUACCGCGAAGACAAGGUUUGUGUGUGAUGAAUCUGAACGCAUUUAUUGACUAGCGAUCAAACCGACUCUAAGAACUUUCAUUUCUCUCGAAUCUUUCUACCCCAUUCUCGUCUUUUUCUGUAAACAGAAGUAUGAUAUUGUAUUUUAACAAUAAUUUCUCGUUGGGGUUACAGUGCUCGAUAAGACAUGUUCUUUCAAAGAAGGCACUUGGUUGUAUGAAAGCCCGUGGAAUGUCUUGGUUUUCAGAAAGGAAGAUAAUGUACAAAAGAAUGGAAUUAGAGAAGUACCAUUACACUGUUGAGUGCACAAUGUGUUGUCUGAUUACCUUCCACUCAGGCUUCGUCCGUUCUUUUCCGUUCGUAAAAGGAAUCCUCUUGGCUAUUCUCAUUGGGUUCCUCCUGGGCUACUUUCUUCCAAAAUGUGACGACAACGACAACGACACGACAAAAACUAGGACAAACGGAUAUGACGGAUCGCCAAUCAAUAGAAUCAUGUCUGUGAUGAAUAGCAAAGCUAUAGAAAACAUCUCAAGGGAGUUUUCCAGUGCCCCGCAUCUGGCAGCAUCACCGAGAGACAUGAAAAUGGCGAAAAUUAUAGAAAAACGUUGGAAAGAUCAUGGUUUUGAUGACGUGGAAUUGCCAACAUACGAAGUGUUACUGUCAUUUCCGAAUAACACAAUGCCCAAUAAAGUGCACAUUAUUAACCAGACUGGAGAAUCGAUAUUUGAGACGUCUGCUCGUCGUGAUGCAGAUGGGGUGCCAUCAUUUUUGGGAUACUCUGGUUCAGGCGUAGUUACAGGAGAUUUGAUUUAUGUAAACUAUGGGAGGAAAGAAGAUUUUGAAAAACUGAAGAACAAUAGUAUAUUUUUGAAUGGUUCUAUUGCUAUCAUGCGGUAUGGAUGGAUUUUCAGGGGCAGCAAGGUUUCCAUGGCAUAUGCGAAUGGCGCCAAAGGUGUGAUUUUGUACUCAGAUCCCGCAGAUUACGCGUCAAAUGAUUAUCAAUCCUGGUGGUUAUCGCCUAACGCUGUACAAAGAGGCUCGGUUUAUCCCGGACCAACGUUUGGUGAUCCCCUUACCCAUGGGUUACCCUCGACACCCGGCAUGUUCCGCCGUUCUCGUGAUGAUGUCCGCCUGCCAAAAAUUCCUGUUCAUGUUAUUAGUUAUAAAGAAGCUGAACAAUUUCUCAAGGGAAUGAAAGGCCCUGAAGUGCCGGAUACAUGGAAAGGAAAGCUGAAUGUCACUUAUCGUUUUGGUCCCGGUUUCCAAGAAUCCGGAAAUAAAGUAAGAUUAGAAGUCCAUUCUGAGAAUGUUCUUAAGAAUGUUUCCAAUGUAAUUGGUACAAUUAAAGGAAGCUUGGAACCAGAUCGAGUGGUUCUAAUUGGUUCUCAUCGUGAUGCCUGGACGAAAGGGGUCGUGGAUUCUAUCAGUGGUACAUCAGUGAUAAUGGAGAUUGCGCGUGCAGUGGGCGCGCUUCUGAGCUCUGGAUGGCGCCCGCGACGUACAAUCAAGUUUUGCAGCUGGUCAGCGGAGGAAUACGCUCUUAUUGGCUCGACAGAGUACGUGGAACAAAACUACAAGCUCCUGUCGGAACGUGCGGUUGCUUACCUCAAUCUCGACUUAGCUGUUUGUGGUAACUUCACUUUGAAAACGUACUCGAGUCCUUUACUAAACAACCUGAUCCUAGAUGCUAUAAGGAACAUAAGCGACCCAUUUGACGACAAAAGGACAUUAUAUGAUGUCAUGACUAAGCGGAACCAUGCUCAGGGAAAACCGAACUUAAUGACGUUGGCAACUUUCAGUGACUAUGCACCUUUUUAUCAGUAUUUAGCCAUACCUUCUAUUGAUUAUGGAUACUUCUAUAUCGACAGCACGAAGCAGCCAAAACCUUAUCCAAUAUACCAUUCACUGGAAGAAACUUACGAUUGGAUGAAACAAAACCUAGAUCCAAAUUAUAACAUUCAUUUAACUCUCGCCAAAUUAGGAGCAACGUUUCUUCUCAGCUUAGCAGAUGAUCCAUUACUGCCCAUGAACAGUGCGUCAGAUUACACUAAAAUACUAAACAGAUCUCUCAACUACGUCACUGAACACUUUAGUGGGAUUCUGAAAGGUAGAAAUAUCUCACUUUUAUUUCUGAAGAAUGCUGUCGAAAAUUUCCAAAAAGUGUCAAGAGAAUUUGAGAAACACUUGAAGGAACACCAAAAAGAAAAUGAUUUCAGAAAAUUGCGUGUUUUAAAUGACCAAAUGAUGCAAGUUGAAAAAGCUUUCCUUCAUUCAGAUGGCUUGCCUGGAAGGAGAGAAUUUAAACAUCUUAUUUUCGCUCCUAGUUUAUCGAAUACAUACGCCAGUGCCAAUUUCCCAGGUGUCACAGACGCUCUUGCGCAAUGUGAAAAUAAUGCGACACAAUGUAAUGACAUUGAAUUUCAAAUCUCCUUAAUCAUACACAAUAUACAGCAAGCUGUGGAUAUAAUGAAGCCCAUUUUGUAACGAAUUUCAUGGCGGAUCUUUAGAGUAGGGUAGUAAGGGGAUCGAGAGGGAAAAUAGGUGUCACAAACAGCAGAUGGUGGUCAAUUCCAGAAAUGCUGAAAGUCAGAACGUAAGAACAGUUCGUAUUUGAGAACUUUGAGAAUAUUGCGAGUUACAAGCUUCACUACAUUUGCAAAUUGGGUGAAAGUGGGUUAUUGUAGUACAAUGAGAGAAAGCUGUGACAGCCUGAAUUUUGAAAUUAUAAUUUGAAAUUAUAUGGUUUUUAGUAAUUACGGCUGAUUGACCACCAUCAGGUAAAUGAUGGUCAGUAAAUUUAACCAUUUCAAGAAUAUCAAUUUUUCGAGAUUACUCUCGCAAGAGAGGUGCAUGAUUCUCAUCUUACGUACAAAAUUAUGAUGUUAAAUAUUUCAUUGAAUGCUGUAAAAAUAUUAGAUUAGAUGGUCAUAGAACAUUUUGUAUGCACUUAUAUUUUUGUAACUUUUUAAUCAAAAUUUAAUUAAUCCCCUGUAUUAUAUUAUUCAAAUUAAUAUCGAAAAUUUUUUUUUCAUGAGGUUUGGAGAGUUUUAUCUUUAAUUAAUAUGAUUGCUUCAAUUUUUAAAAAAAUCUAAAAUUUUGUUCACGGAUUUGCGCUCGAGAAGCGAGAUCAGUUUGUGCCCGAGCAUAAUUUUAGAACAUUCACCGAAUCGGUUUAUAGUGUUAUACGAUUUUGAUAAAGCACUGACCAUUGCCAAUGUUUGCAAUAAAAACAUCGUCUAUUUCAA